AUUCGAAAUCCCACCUCAAGAAAAGCUGCACAACAACAAAAUUUGCACUCACCAAAAGACUUUUCUCUCUCUCAAAAUACAGGGGAAAACUAAGCCCCAUGUUGAAAACAGCCACCACCAUCUUCCUAGGCUUAGCCACCUCUUUCACCUUCCUCCUCAUUUCUCCUCCUCCUCCAAAAUCUUUCUACCACUCCCUCUACAUAUCCACUUCUCUAUCCGACAACACCUCAAUAUCACAUCAUUUACACACCCUCACUCGCCGGCCCCACGCUGCUGGUUCUGAGGCAAACGCAGAGGCUGCAGCCUAUGUUUUAUCCAUCUUCACCUCCAGCAAUAUCAAAUCUCACAUAGCAUCCUAUGAGGUUUCUCUAACCUACCCUUCUUCCCGUUGCUUAACACUAAUACCAACACCUCCAGAGACACCCACAACCUUCAAUCUUCGUCAAGAAAUUUAUGAUGGUGAUCCAUAUGCAGAUGUAGCAGAUGAAGUUCAGCCUACUUUCCAUGCAUAUGCAAAGUCAGGCAGUGUCUCCGGACUUGUGGUUUAUGUGAACUAUGGACGCAUAGUAGACUACUCGACACUGAAAGAAAUGGGUGUGAAUGUAUCAGGUACAAUUGUUUUGGCAAGGUAUGGAGAAAUAUACAGAGGAAACAUAGUCAAGAAUGCGUACGAAGAAGGUGCUAUUGGGGCAUUGUUGUAUACAGAUAGGAAAGACUAUGGUGGUGGAGGAGGGGAUACAAGGUGGUUCCCAGAUGAGAAGUGGAUGCCACCAAGUGGGGUUCAGGUGGGAACAGUUUAUAAUGGGAUCGGCGACCCUACUACACCUGGAUGGGCAAGCACUGGAGACUGUGAAAGGUUAUCUGAAGAGGAAGUAGAGAAAGGAGGGGAUGUUCCACUUAUACCUUCCUUGCCAAUAUCUGGGGCAGAUGGUGAAACAAUCUUGAGAUCGGUUGGUGGAGAUGUUGCCCAUGAGGAUUGGCAAGGAAGCAUAGAUGCACCUACUUACAGGGUUGGACCAGGGCCAGGGAUUAUCAAUCUCAGUUACACUGGAAAUCAAAUCAUAGGGACUAUUCAGAAUGUCAUUGGUAUAAUUGAAGGAGCGGAAGAGCCUGAUCGAUUUGUCAUUCUGGGUAAUCAUCGGGAUGCGUGGACAUUUGGAGCUGUUGAUCCCAAUAGUGGCACCGCAGCAUUGCUAGAGGUUGCAGAAAGACUGGGUAAGCUGCAAAAAAAAGGAUGGAAACCUCGAAGAACAAUUGUCUUAUGCAAUUGGGACGCUGAAGAAUAUGGCCUGGUAGGAUCCACUGAAUGGGUAGAAGAAAACAGAGAAAUGCUAGCUUCAAGGGCUGUUGCUUAUUUGAAUGUUGACUGUGGAGUAGCUGGACCAGUAUUCCAUGCCUCUGCGACGCCCCAGCUUGAUGAACUGCUCAAACGAGCAACUCAACAGGUUCAAGACCCAGAGAACGCAUCACAAACUAUUUAUGAUUCAUGGGUUGAUUCCAGCAAUUCUCCCCCGAUUGGAAGGCUAGGAGAUGGAGGAUCAGAUUUCGCAGCUUUUGUGCAACAUGUAGGAAUUCCAGCAGCUGCAAUGUUUUUUGGAGGAGGAUACCCUGUAUACCACUCGAUGUACGAUGACUUUGUCUGGAUGGAAAAAUUUGGGGAUCCAAUGUUUCAUAGACAUGUAGCAGUGGGAAGUGUUUGGGGUUUAGUAGCUCUUUGGUUAGCAGAUGAGGAGUUUUUGCCUUUCAACUAUCUCUCCUAUGCAAAGGAGAUCCAGAAAAGCACAAAGGACUUGAAAGAUGAGAUCUCAGAAACAGACAUAAGCCUAAAUCCUCUGUUCAAGUCCAUAGAGGAGCUCCAUAAAGCUGCCACCAUGAUGAACAACCAGAGAAAGGAAAUAAUAGAAAGAAAAGGUUGGACAUCAAUGUGGAAUAAAGAUCAUUUGAAGGUGAGAGAGUUGAAUGAUAGACUAAUGAUGGCAGAGCGCGCAUUUACAGACAAAGAUGGACUCUUUGGAAGGUCCUGGUAUAAGCAUUUGAUUUAUGGGCCCUCAAAGCACGAUGACUAUGGAUCUAAAACCUUCCCUGGGAUAGAUGAUGCAAUAGAGAAGGCAAAGAACCUGAAUACUGCAGAUUCAUGGCGUGCAGUACAACAUGAAGUUUGGCGAGUCUCUCGAGCUGUUAAACAUGCUUCACUAGUCCUCAAUGGUAAACUAACAUGAAUAUGUACUGAUAUAUUCAGUCCUCAGAGUCGUGCACGUCAUGUAUUCAAAGGAGGCAAAUAUCCUUGUCAUUUAUUAAUUUGAUAGUUAGAAUAAUGGUUAAAUGAUUAAAUUCAUCAUUUCUGAACAA